UCAACCCAUUUCUUCAACCCCACUUAAAUCCACGUCUUUGUUAUAAAACCUUUUUAUUGAUCUCGUUUCAAUGGCGGAACAAGCGAUGGAAAAGCCUGUUAACACUUCAACUCUUCCCGAAUAUGGUGGAAUGGAGAAUACCCCACCUCUCCGGGCCCAGAAACUCGAUGAGAAUCCUCAAGAUUCAGGCAAGGUUUUGCAAAAUACAAGCUCUAAAAUGGUGGAGCAAGUGAUCGAAAAGCCUCUUAACAGUUCGAUUCAGACUGAAAAUGGUGGAUUGGAGAAUACCCCACCACUCCAGGACCAGAAACUCGAUGAGAAUCCUCAAGAUUCGGGCAAAUAUCUGCGGAAAACCUGCACCCCAGAUAGGCUUAAACUCUCCAAGGCCCCUGAAAGGUACAGAAGUCCGACUGAUUCCAUGAUGUCGCCUGUUACAAAAGGUAUUCUUGCAAGAAACAGGAAAGCUGGAGGUUUACUGUUACCACCUAGUAUAAAUCAAACCAAGAUUCAUGAAUUGCGUGCUCAAGAUGUUGGCCUUUCUCAAAACUGAAGAACUCAUACCAUAUAGAUUCUUGAACCUGAUGAAUUUGUCUGAGAUGGUGCGUUCAUGUCAAAAUAAGCAAAAU